AUUUGUUCUAAGCGAAAACUGCUCAAUAGAACAAUUUAAUUAUAUUACCUGGUCUUAAGUUGUUAGCUCGAAGCUUUCAUCAAAUUUGAAGAAUGCCUACCAUAGGAGUAAAGCGAGACCUUCUCUUCAAGGCACUGGGGAAAAAGUACACGGACGACGAGUUCCAGGAACUCUGUUUUGCCUUUGGAUUGGAGUUAGAUGAAGUGACAACGGAGAAACAAAUGUUAACAAAGGAACAGGGAGAUGUUGCUGCGGCUGCAAAUGCAUCCGAAGAAGUCAUUUAUAGAAUUGAUAUACCCGCAAAUCGUUACGAUUUGUUAUGCUUGGAAGGCCUGGUUACAGGCCUACUUGUUUUUCAGGGAAAGCUAAAGCCCCCUAAAUUUGAUUUUGUUGAGCCUGUGGCACGUCAAGUACUGAAAGUCGACGCGUCAACAGCGCAAAUACGUCCUUAUGCCGUUGCCGCUGUCUUGCACAAUGUAACAUUUACCCAAGAGUCGUAUAAUAGCUUUAUAGAUCUGCAAGACAAGCUGCACCAGAAUAUUUGUCGAAAACGCACGCUUGUUGCUAUAGGCACUCACGAUCUUGACACCAUUAAAGGGCCAUUUAGCUACGAAGCGCUUGUGCCAGAUCAAAUCAAGUUUAUACCCCUCAAUCAAACGCAAACACUCAACGGAACUCAGCUUAUGGACUUCUAUGCUACGCACGCGCAACUUAAGCAAUAUUUACCUAUUAUACGCGACUCUCCAGUUUAUCCAGUCAUUUACGAUUCCAGGCGCGUGGUUCUCUCUCUACCGCCUAUCAUCAAUGGCGACCAUUCGAAGAUUUCACUAAACACGCGAAACGUAUUUAUAGAAUGCACAGCCACAGAUUUAACCAAGGCUAAGGUGGUGCUGGACACCAUUGUGUGUCUAUUUUCUGAGCAUUGUCAGCAAAAGUUUACGGUCGAACCGUGUGAUGUUGUGCUUUCAGACGGCACAGUGGUAUCAUAUCCCGAAUUAGCCGUACGCGAAGAGUACAUUUCAGCCAAACGUGCCAAUGCUUACAUCGGCAUCGAUGAGACACCGGACAAGCUGGCCAACAUGUUGACACGAAUGUACCUAGAGGCUAAUGUAGAUGCUGCCAAUGGAGACUUGCUGUGUGUCAAGAUACCGCCGACACGCCACGACGUAAUACAUGCUUGCGAUAUUUAUGAAGAUAUUGCUAUUGCCUUCGGCUACAAUAAAAUAAAAAAAUCACUGCCAGCUUUUAUGCAAAUAGCAAAGCAGUUUCCGCUCAAUAAGCUCACGGAACAACUUCGCGAGCAAGUAGCUCAAGCUGGCUUCACAGAGGCUUUGACAUUUACGCUAUGCUCGCGAGAUGACAUAGCGCGCAAGCUCAAUAAGUCGAUCGAAGCUAUGCCCGCUGUUCAUAUAGGUAAUCCAAAGACACUUGAGUUCCAAGUGGUGCGCACCACGUUACUGCCUGGACUUCUUAAAACCCUGGUCGCGAAUAGAAAAAUGCCGCUACCUUUGAAAUUGUUUGAAAUUAGCGAUGUCGUGAUUGCAGAUGAGGACACUGAGGUUGGCGCCCGAAACGAAAGGCGCUUGUGCGCCGUUAACUGCAACAAAACUGCAGGGUUCGAGGUAGUGCACGGCUUGCUCGAUCGCGUCAUGCAGCUACUUGAAGUGCCCUGGAAAUCGGGCGAUGCUCCAAAAGGCUAUUACCUGCAAGCUACUGAAGAUCCCAGCUAUUUUCCGGGCCGGUGCGCUAAAAUCAAGUAUAAUGAUGUCGUUAUUGGCAAAAUUGGGGUGCUUCAUCCUACAAUACUUCAAGCAUUCGAGCUGACUACGCCCUGCUCCGUCGUUGAGAUUACCAUCGAACCAUUUGUAUAGGCUUAUAUGUACAUCAGAUUUCGAAAAUAUAUUGUAUUUGCUGCUCCCUGAUACGCUAAAUAAAUGAACAGAAGUCACAAUAAUAA